CAGUAAAACGAGCAAACCGAACCAAGAUACAAGAGUUAAACAAGCGAGUUGGGGCGGACUGGAGAAAUUUCUUCCCAGCGUGGGUUUUUUGGGGGCCGUUAAAGAGCCGCUUUGCUCCCCUCCUCUUCUGACAGCUGGUUUGCGGAUUGCCCUCAGUUUACACUUAAAAGUUCAGGGAGCCAGCUGAGAUGAGCGGUCCUGAGGUCGCCAACACACCGGGAGGCGGGGCGCCGGGAAAGGAAGGAAAAGAGCCGGUGGCCAAUGGGCACGCAGGAGACGGGCCCGAUGCCAACCCGUUUGCUGAGUACAUGUGGAUGGAGAAUGAGGAGGAGUAUAACAGACAGGUGGAAGAGGAGCUGUUGGAGCAAGAGUUCUUGGAGCGCUGUUUCCAGGAAAUGCUGGAGGAGGAAGACCAGGACUGGUUCAUCCCUUCGCGUGACCUCAACAACCAGGGAGUCAGCCAGCUGCAGCAGCAACUCAACGGGCUGUCGGUCAGCGACCAUCACAGCAACGUGGAGGAGGUGGCGAGGAAGAGCAUCUUGAAUCCUGAGGCGAAGGAAUUUGUGCCAGGAAUGAAAUACUAGAAGUCCCCCUCACCCCCUUGGAGCCUCCAUGCACACAUGAGCCCUUGCACAUCCAGAGACUCUUACGGCCGUGGCUGCACAUAUUCUUAUUGCUACACACACACACACACACACACACACACACACACAUAUAUUGAAGUCAGUGGCGUGCCGGUAGGCCCAGUUGGGGGGUGGGGGGAUUUCUUUUCCUUUUUUUUCUUUUUCCUCUUUAAGCUUUUUAUUUUGUUUGUUUUCUCGUAAACUGAGGGGCACUUGGCUCAGAGGAGGGCUGUGGUACCAGCACCACCACUCCUGCAGAAGCUAGCUCAUCAUUGCAUUUCACGUGUCAUAUUUUGCUGUUUGCAGAGCAUGCAGAGCACACUGUAGUUUCCUGGGAACUGUGGCAGCUACCAAGGAGUGAUGCCGGGUCAAAACUUUAAUCCAAAAAGCUUUACAGAAAUUUAAAUUUGUUCGGAUCAGCACUCUUUAACUGCUAUUUUUCUUCUUUCUUUUUUUUUUAAAUGAGCAAAAUCAUUUUCAGCAGGGAGAGGGUUUCAGCAACAGCAAGGCUAAAGGACAUGAAUGUCAGGGGACUCCGGUGAGGUUCUGCACCUGCUCUGUAAACUCAUCAGUCGUUAAACAUCAUUAAAGUUGAUGAAGGCUCUGUUCCAAAACAAAUGCAGACCCCUAGGCCCACCCCUCACCCCACCGCGGCAGUUCGUUUCAGGUCAACAGACUAGACAUGGACAUCUGUAAUUGUGGAUGAAAAAAUUAUUUUCAUAUUUUUUAUAUGGAGAUCCAGGUUUAUCUUUUUGUCCAGUGCAUACGAGCGGAGGUGGUUAACGUCGAAGUCCUGCAUCAAGUUAAGUUUAUUACCGAAAUAUAGAUUCUAAUAGUUUAUUUUGCUGACAGCUUCAUGCUUGGUUUCAGAUUGGGUUCAUUUGGGGACCAUCUUCGUUUCGGGGGGACUGGUUUGCUUUGAAACACAGCCGCUGCCUCCUUCUGCUGGACCGGCUCGAUUUGUUCAGCGUCAGAUUUGGUGUCCAUGUCCGGUUCUCAAAAAGCUUCGUCUUUUUUUUUUGUUUUUGUUUUUUUUGUUCUUUCCACUUUGUGUUUUUGAGGAUUAGGCGUUGGUCUCUACUGUGGUGUCCAAUUUGUCCUGUUAAAGUAGAACAUGGUGGACAGUAUUGCAUCUCUGCCAUUGUUUUUAUUCCUGAUCAAGGACAGAAAUAGUUUUUUCUUCUGGACGAAGUUCUACUUUUAAACCAGAACUUCAUGAGUUCCAGGUUUUUCUAGAGUUUUAGUUAUAAUAAUAAUAAUAUCAGUUAAAUUGUAAGGAGAUACUUUCAGAAAAUCUAUUUCCAGUCAGCAGUAAUCUUGAUUUACGUUUUCUAAAAACAUUCAGGUUAGCUUAAAAUUGCAGCGGCAGUAUUAUUUAAAAAAAAAAAAAAGCAUCUGAAUAUUUCACUACUGGGUAAUUGGUUCGAUUAGCAAAUCUUCCAGGAAGCACUUUGUGCUGUUGCUGCCCCCUGGCUUUAAACGAUGCAACAGAGACACAGAGGUUCGGGUUUUCAAGGAGAACUUCCUCACGAUGUUGGACCACAGCAUGGAGAAUGGAGAAGCCAAUGGGGGGGGGGUGGAUCGUACAACAUGAAAUCAUUUUUGGUGAUUUUUGUUUGAGUUAGAUGACAGAAGCUGUUUUAAAAAAGAAAAGGAGAGGAAAAAAGGUUCAGAAGACACAGUGUGAAUUUCAAUAGAGGUAAAAAUGAUGAAAAAAAGACGAAUAAAGAUGCUAAAGACAAAA